AGAAACCAGAAAAGGAGACACAGACGGAGGGUUUUGUUCUGUUGUUCUUGUGGUUGAUCGUGUGCUUGAAAAGAUAAGAGAAGAAAAAUGGGUUCACCAACAUCAAGGAUUGUUUUCCGUACUGUGACGGUGGCGCUUUUGCUUCUUCUUGUCUUCUACAUUGGUCGCCCUCUGUACUGGAAAAUCUCCGCCACCGUCCACGAUAUCCGCAACAACAAGCAAACCGUCAGACAAGGUAUUUCCCAAAUCGUCAUGGAGGCUCAGAAAUCGGUGGGGUGGUAUCACGACGAGUCCGACUCAGGGGUCCGAGCCAACAGCCGAAAGCUGCUUCUUCACAAUCCCCCUUCUUCACUUUUUGUGUAGUCAGAUACUUGUACAUGUCGCCAUACGUGUCACUCCACAAUUUCUUUUUCCACAAUUCUCUGAUUUGCUUAUGUGGUUCUUCUUUUAUGGGGACAAUAAUGAGCUAGACUAAUUGAAUCCAAUCGAAUCUUAUUAAAUUAGAUAAUGACCAUCUUAUUCUACGUUUUGGAGGUUUUUCUAUUUUUCUGUUGUAUUUGUUUGAUUUAGUUUAAGGGUUGAUUCUGUGUGGUUGGAAAAUAAUUUGGAUUUGGUAAUGAAUCGAUCCAAAAGUAAUUCUGUUUUAUGUUUUCUAUGCA